GUUGUAAUGGAUCUUGAAUCUUAAUGCCACUACGUCAGAAAUAUUUAUCAACUAACUACCUAGUGUUCAAUAGUUUAACUCGAUCAGAUGAAUGAUGCGCGAACGCAUAGGUGUCGAACGAGCAGAUUAACAUUAAUUAUUCAAAUUAUACAUUAUACAAUUGAAUUGUGCGCUUAUAAUCUAUAAAUUCCUUGUCUAUGGAUACAAACUAAAACGUCAGUUUGACAUAUUUGACAUUAACGUAAAGAAUGAAGAAAUCGAUAAUUUUGUCAAAUUCAAAUUGGCCCAAUUUUUUGUUUUGAAAACAUUGCCGAUUUUUAAAUAAUACGUAACUCAUAAUUACUAUAAAUAUAUUACAGUAAUUGAGCUUACAAUAAUAUCGAGUAGAUAUUGUGCUGUCCAAGUAAUGAAGUGACGCGACAGCGUAAUGGUUCACAAUAAAUGUCACAUUAAGAGUGAGUGGGCUAGCUGGGACGCUUACAGGAUGUCGGAUCUGAUGGACAUGGUCUACACCACUGCAGGAGUAAUGCUGGUGAUGCUCCUCUUGAUCUGCCUUUGCUGUGUGUUUAUGAAAAUAAGUGACUUAAAGCUGCAGCGUUACAUAGUGCAGACUGCAAAACAGAAGGGCCUGAACGUGGACCUCGACAAGUUGAAUCCAAGAUACAGACCCCAAUCACCGCACGCCCAUGAGAACUGCACCAUUAUGGUACCUGAUGUGGGGAUAGUACUGUAGAAAUAUUUAUCAUUGUGCAGUUUGUUAUCAUCAUUGUCAACGGAUAGAUAGAUACUGGACAUGGUCUCUUAAAGGGACUUUUACAUGCUAUGGCAUCGCCUGAAACCAGAGGUUCCAUGUGACUUGUUUGAUGUUGUCUGACCAAGUACUGGGGGAGUCUGCCAAUGCUGUUCUAUCCGAGGCGAGGAUGCCAUUCUAAGCUACAUGUCUUUCUAUUCAUUUGGUGAGAGGCUGUGGUUAGACGACGCGAACAUUUUCGUGUGUGGUACAGCGCUUGGUAACUGCGCUCUCAUCAUCAUCAUCAUCAGCCUGCGGACGUCCACUGUUGGACAUAGGCCUUCCCUAAAGAGCGCCACCGCACCCGGUCCUCAACCUUCCUCAUCCAGCCACUUCCCGCCAGCCGCUUUAUAUCGUCGGUCCAUCGUGCUGGAGGGCUUGCUUAAACGCGGGCUUCACUUAAAGACUUUCCGGUUUCAACGGCCAUCGUCUCUACGACAGGCAUGGCCUACCCACUGCCACUUCAGCUUGCUAAUAGUUUGGGCUAUGUCAGUACCUUGGUUCUCCUGCGCAUCUCUUCAUUUCGGAUCCUAUCCCUUACCGCUCUGCGCUCUGGUGUUCGUUAAUUGUGAAUGUUAACUUUGUUUCUUCUUCUUUGUCGUAACACUCUUAGCAUUGCAGUCGUGGUCAUCACGAAGUGACGUUUUUGGGCGCAGAUGUUAUACGCCUCACGAGCAUUCGCCACUUGUCCCUGCUGGUCAAUACUCUGGUACACUCGUGCACGACACCACCCACAGCGGACUUAAUUUGAUCGGUCCAUCGCGUAGGCAAUCUUGUUUACUAGGCAACAAAAUUCAAACUCCCAAUAACCAAAAUAACACAGUCUCCAUGAUGCCACCCUGCCAUCUGCCCGUUUCAUUUCUCUAGCGUUCUAGUCAUCAUCUUUCUCAACUCAGCACCUGCCUAGCGUGUGUCUCCUCUCAGAAUGAUAAGAGGUUCAGGCUAUAAUCCACUGGACACGUGUGUAUUGGCAUACUUCAUCUUUGAGAAUAAUAUGGAGAACUCGCAAGCCGUUCCAGUUAUUUAUGUACUCCAGUCAUAACCCUUCAUCCCUUUGUCGUUCUCUGCGAUAAAAAUUAUACCAAAAACAAAUUUUUGUCAACAUGGAUGUGGCUUUAUACAAGGUUUAGAAAACCACAAAUGAAGGAAUCGAGGCUUUUAUUUCGAAAUUUUUUAUAGUUGUUUAAAAAAAAAUUUGAUGAUUUACACUUAGUGUUUUUUAUAAAGGCGUUAUCAUGAUAGGAAUUUUAUUUAGAGACAAAUACAUUUGUAACACUUUUGUCGAUUGUAAGUUUAUAAUCAAAACAUUUUAUGUGAAAAGUCGCUAGUUUGUAAGUGACAUAUUAAGGAUUACUUAGUACCGCCAUACAUGUACAAAGAACCAGGUUUUCAGUAUUGACGGUAUUCAUAACGGGAAUAUAGGCCAACCCACACCAACUUGUUGGUACCUAUAACUGGAAACUGUUUCUUUAUGGAAGCAUCCUUAGACUGCUCGAUGCUGUGGAUAGUUGAUCGCUUGAGCAGUUGUCAACAGCAAUCAACUGCUUAAAUCAGUUCUAGCUGUAGAUAUAUGGUUGCACUAAGUAAUAAGAGUUCAGACUUGCCUUAUCCUGUGUCUUUUCUAUUAAAAUUGUGUGUUUGUGUAAAUGAGGGUACCUAUGAUCUAUCUCAGAAUGAAAUAGGGACAACAUUGAUAAUGCAAUUAUACUAUUUUCAAAAUACCAUGAUAUGGGUGACAGUUCCCAAUUAUCCAUUUCACCAUAAUGCUUGUACUUCUUUCUAGAAAGGAGAAUAAUGAGUUAUAAUAAAAAUAAUGGAUAUUAUCACUGUAAUGAAAAUAUAGAUUGCCUCUAGAAAUCGAUACAAAAAUCUCAGUCUAAGUUAAUU